CGACAGCAUUUGCCUGCUUGGUAAGCACGAAAGACUUCCCUGAAACACCGAACAACUCUUUCCCCAAACCCCACCAUGGCCGCCGCCGCCGCCGACCCUGAUUCCGCCGCCGACCAAAACCCUAAUACCCCUAACACCGGAACCCACGUGCCGGAACCCUGGGUCGAAUCCGAUGAACUUGCUGAGGAGGAGUACGACGAGGAGGAGGAGGAGCUGGACGGGCCGGCGGCCGCAGCUGUCGAGCGGGAGAAGGUGCAGUCCGUAUUCCGGAGGCUCUCAUCGGACCCUGUGGAAAUCCGUGUCCACGACGUCAUCAUCAAGGGCAACAGAAAAACGCGGGAGGAGCUCAUCGAGGCGGAGGUCGCCGAACUCCUCCGCGCCGCUGUCACUGUGCAGGACCUGCUGCGCGCCGCGACCAUCGCUAGCGCGCGGCUGCGCGGGCUCGAUGUGUUCGACGCCGUCAAUAUCACGCUCGAUGCGGGCCCACCCGAGCUGCCCGGCACCACCAAUGUCGUCGUCGAAGUCGUCGAGGCCGCCAAUCCCGUCUCAGGAACCGCCGGUGUCUACUCCAAGCCCGAGGCACGGUCUUGGUCACUGGAAGGGUCGCUUAAAUUGAAGAACCUGGCUGGCUACGGGGACCUGUGGGAUGCAUCAGUUGCAUAUGGUUGGGACCAAACAUCAGAACUUGGCAUUGGAGUCAGGCUACCAAGAUUUAAAUCAAUAUCAACACCCUUGAUGGCUCGGGCAUCAUUGUUGUCACAAGAUUGGCUGAAGUUUUCAUCAUACAAGGAGCGCCUGCUUGGUCUUUCAUUUGGUUUGGUUUCAACCAUGCACCAUGACUUGUCUUAUAACCUUAUGUGGCGGACCUUAACUGAUCCAACACAUGGCGCAUCAAAGUCCAUAAGAAGACAGUUAGGGCAUAACUUCCUAUCUGCAUUGAAAUAUACAUACAAGAUUGAUCGAAGGGACUCACAUCUCAGGCCCACACAAGGAUAUGCGUUUCUCUCGACCUCUCAAGUUGGUGGUCUUUGGGAUAACAAAGGAUUAAGAUUUUUCCGUCAGGAGUUCGAUGUACGCUGUGCCGUGCCUUUUGGAUUCUAUAAUGCUGCUCUCAAUGUUGGCCUGGGAGCGGGUGUCAUUCUUCCACUAGGAAGAGGAUUUAUGAAUUCUUCUUCACCUGUGACUGAUAGAUUCAACCUUGGAGGUCAUUCUUCUCCAGUUUGCAGCUUGGGUGGAAUAUCAUCCUUAUUGGGUUUUAGAACAAGAGGAGUUGGUCCAACAGAACCUCGAAGGCUUGUCCCCAGCGCAUCUGAAAAUGACUCUGCUCUUCCAGGGAGGGAUUACUUAGGUGGUGAUCUUGCUGUUUCUGCCUUUGCUGACCUUUCUUUCGAUCUGCCUCUGAAGUUAUUUAGAGAUGCUGGAAUACAUGGUCAUGCAUUUCUCACUGCUGGGAACCUUGCGAAAUUAUCGGAGAAUGAGUACAAGAACUUUUCAUUUGCUGAAUUCCAGCGCACAUUUAGGAGCUCUGCUGGCGUUGGCAUAAUCUUACCUACUAAACUUUUCCGGGUGGAGGUGAACUACUGUUAUAUUCUGAAGCAAUCUGAGCAUGAUUGUGGAAAGACUGGAAUUCAGUUCAGCUUCUCCUCGCCCUUGUAGAGACUUGCAAUCAAGUGUUCAGCAGCAGAAAUAGCGUCCUUUGCCCCUGCGUUGACCAAUUUGCUCCUCCUUGUACCCUUUUGUUUCUCAAGAAAACUGGUCAACAACCAGAUUUGCGUUUCACUGACUAAGCAUGUGAUUCUUUGGGCAUCAGGAGCCUGGAGUGUCUUGCAAUGUUUGGCGUUUUGGAUUUCUAAAGAGUUCCCUUCCCUUAACACACUAAUGAUGUGCCCCGGUCUCAAUGUCUCAUAGAUAUGAUGUACGGCUCAAAUACUCGCCCUGCAGCGGUGGAUAUAAUAAAAUUUUAGGUGGGCACUAAUAUUCAUAUAA